AUGGCCACCAAAAAAUGUCUUGAAACAGUGGACGCACAAUACGGUGGACUUCACGCAAACUGUUCUCACAUUAAAACUUCAAGAGUUCCAGAAGAUCUUCCUGAUAACACCACAACCCUAGAUCUAACCUUUAACAACAUUAAAACUCUGUAUAAUAAUGAUUUCAAAUAUCUGACUCAACUGCGAUAUCUUGAUCUCAGCUUUAAUCCUAUUGAUACUUUACAAGAAUUAUCAUUUCAUGGACUUGGUUCAUUAUUAUAUUUGAAUAUGUCUUAUUGUGGACUGUACAACGCGAAACAUAAAGUAUUUGGACUAGGUAAUUUAGACAUUUUGGAUGUUAGUGGUAAUUCCCUAAGCAUUAUAAAUGUGACAUUUUUUGACGAGUUUCCGAAUCUAAGGACAUUGCGUGUGAGUAACGCCCAGUUAGAUAACGAUUUUCUUGCUCAGAAUGGUCUUAGAAUUUUCAGUCCCUUACAAAAGUUGGAAAAUCUCGACCUUUCUAGUAAUAGUCUUGUGUUUUUACCUAACGAUUUCUUUAACUCAAUGGUUACAUUGAAAGUACUAAAUUUAGCCAACAAUAACCUUAUAACUAUACCAGACGUAACCCAGUUGGUUAAACUAAACUCGUUAUAUCUUAACCAUAAUGCAAUAACUACCUUAAGCCACCAAACUAGAGACAUGUUAGAGAAAACCAACGAAAACAACAAGAAGUUCAAGUUACAUCUUUGGGGAAAUACAUUCACUUGCACCUGUGAGGAGAUUCCAUUUUUACGUUGGGUAGAGGAAACCGACGUUGAUUUGGAUGGUAGCGAUUAUUCUUGUGUUGAGUCAUCAGGAAUACUGACCUUCACUAAAGCCGUUUAUAACCAAUGGACAUCCUUCAACCGAAAUUGUGUUUCGUCCUUUUUGUUGAAUUUAACUAUUGGGGGAUUCGGUAUUAUCACUCUUACUUUGAUAGUGGCCUUUGUCUUUCUGAAGAACAAAAUGAAACUCAAGUUAUUGCUUUUAAGGAUGAUUGGAAAAAAUAUUUACCCAAAGAAAAGAGAUGAUUUUGUGUAUGACGCAUUUAUAAUAUACACGGACUCUAUCUCCGGUUGGGUUUGUAAUGAACUGAGAAAUGAAUUGGAAACAAAUCGAGGAAUCAAACUGAACCUUCGUGAUAGAGAUCACAUACCUGGUGGUUCUCAAGCCGAUGACUUGUUAGAAGCUAUACGUGACAGUUGGAAGAUUGUUUUAAUCUUAACCGAAGAAUUUUUGAGAAGUGAUCUAGCCUAUUUUGCCAUGUGUAACUGUUUAUCGUCAGUAACACUGACAACACCCCAGAGAUUAAUCGUUUUAAUUGAUCAUCAGACAAAUAUUACAGCUAAUCUCGAUUUUCUUCUUGAAGCUGUUAAUGAGGAUAGCAUUCUAUACGUAGAUCUUCAGCAUCCGUUAACUAUUGCUUUCUGGGACAGGAUAUCCAAUGUCAUUAAAUCAAAGGAAGGUAUAAACAUAUAGCGUAAAAUAAAAACAGUUUAUUUGCCGUCACUUAAAGCCGUUGAUCAUUAGUUGUAUUUUUCACACAUUUUCAAAAUUUUCACGGCGUAAACAACGCUAAAAUGUUCUCACAUUUCUUUCAAAUCAGGAAAUCGCCCGGCAUAGAUUCGAUCGGAUUAAAAAAUAAGACCAUCCAACGAUUUUGCCCAACGCUUAUAGGUGUUUACAUCGUUCACAGAGGAUGCCGAAUGUUGUGAAAUGUUCAACUCACCAAAUCGUUCUAAAUCCUGAACGGACAAAACCUUUUUAGGGGUUCGCGUUUCAAAAUAUUCUAGUUUUCAAGCGAUUCAAAAUCGCCUAAAUGACGUUCAGCGGCUUUAAUGUUCACAUUUUACAAAUGUUUAUAAUUGUUAUUUUCUAAUGGAAGCUCUACCUGCUAGAGUUUUCGGAAAGAGACAAUCCACAGUGAGGUUAAAAUGUAAAUAUUGUGUGUACUAGUAUUUAUGAUAGCUUUAUAUAAUUUGCACGGGGCUAAGGACGACAUAAAAUGAGCAUGGAUGAUAAAAACCAAUAUAUGGUCACCUAUUAUCGCAAGGAAAUGAAAUGAAAUUGAGUUUAACGUCCUACUGUUCUGCUCCGAACUGGGCUAAUGAAGGCGGGCAUACACGGUGAGGUUAAAAUGUAAAUAUUGUGUGUACUAGUAUUUAUGAUAGCUUUAUAUAAUUUGUACGGAGCUAAGGACGACAUAAAAUGAGCAGAAAAGAUAAAAAACCAAUAUUUGGUCACCUAUUAUCGCACGGAAAAUUUUGCCACUUGGGGGGGUCACGGUGGCUAAGUGGGUAAGACGCUGGCUCGCUAGCCUGGAGGUCGGGUGUUCGAUCCCUGCAUUGGCCGAGAAAGUUCACCCAGAUUUUUCGGCGUGGUUCCCCCUUGUCAGUGAUGCUGGACGGAGGGCCUGACAAGGACAGCUGUCUAGUCGUUCGGGUGAGACGAAAAACCGAGAUUCCGUGUACACAUUGGCGUGCACGUAAAAGAUCCCUUGACAGUUGGAAUUCGAUAUAAGAGUAGGCCGUUGUGCCGCUGUCCGGGCAAAAUUUCCCUCAUAGCACACUGUAUGGCGUACGCCCGUCUUCAUUAGUCCAGUUCGGAGCAAAACAGUAGGACGUUAAACCCCAUUUCAUUUCAUUUCAUUUCGUCUUACCCACUUAGCCACCGUGAAUGUUACAAAUUUAGUGUAGAUAAAUGUAGUAUUUACCGAUUUCCUGGUAAUUAUGGGACUUUCUGAAGCCUACAGUACUGCACAUAGUUCUCACACGCUUCAUUAUUUCCGUUGUGCAAUUUAGGACCUGUUAAAUUUAAAGUCUUAUGAUUUUUGCUUGGCAAACUGCAUGUUAUAAUUUAAUAUACUACACGCUGUCACGCUUAUAAUUAAACAAUACACAAAGUUUGACGGUGUCCACUCCACUGAAUGUAUCAAGAUUAAUGUAGUCCUCUGACAA